UCGUUACAUUCAGUCCGCUGUGCCGCGCGUCGAUAGUACACGCAACUUGGGGUAUGAUCAGAAACUGGAUGCCGCAUACUUAAAUAGUUUGGAUCAUUUGCGCGAUACGCUUUCGCGAAUGCGAUUGGCGGGAACGCAGUAUAUUUCUUUAAGAGCUACACGCCCAAAUAAUAAACUGUUAGAAAGUGUUUGGCACUUUACGUUUGGCACUCUUAUUACUCUUCUCUAGUGUAAUUCUUCAGUUUGACUGAAAACCACGAAAAACGGAAAAUUCAUUGGGAAAAUUGACUUACUGGAGGACAUCAUUUAGUGGCAAUGCUGCUAAAAUUGCGUAUAGUGUUUAGUAUUAUAAACGUUAUAUAUGGAAUAUUUCGUCCGAUCUUGUUGUUUAUUUAUAAAAAACCACCACGUAUACCACCAAUAACGCAUCCCAUACACAUGUUAAGUGCCACGGCACUAGCUGAAAAGAUAAGACGCAGAGAGCUUACGAGUUACGAAGUGGUGCAAGCGUACAUCACACGCAUUAAAGAGGUAAAUCCUUUUCUAAAUGCUGUCAUUGACGAACGAUUUAAUGCCGCGAUAAACGAGGCGAAAGACUGCGACGAACAAUUAAAAAGCGGCAAAAUUGGUAUUGAAACCUUAGAGAAAAAAAAGCCGCUCUACGGUGUUCCACUUACUGUUAAGGAAUGUCUUGCUGUAAAAGGUUGCAGCUACACAGCUUGCACUUUGUCUCGCAAAGGAAGGAAGGCGAAUUACGAUGGGGAUACUGUAGAAAUACUCCGAAAUGCCGGCGCGAUACCAUUGUGCGUCACAAACACGCCGGAGAUGUGCGCCGGCUUCAACACCUCGAAUCUGCUGUUCGGCCGCACCUGUAAUCCUUACGACACUAGGUAUUCGGUCGGUGGAUCGUCCGGUGGGGAGGGUGCAUUGCUCGGGGCAGGUGCUUCUGUGAUCGGCGUUGGUUCAGAUCUGGCUGGCUCUGUUAGAUUACCGGCUUUCCUGAACGGCGUUUUUGGGCACAAACCCACGUUUGGACUUGUUCCGACUAAUGGGCACUUGCCAAACUCCGAGGACGCGAUGCUUCAAAAACUCCUGACCAUCGGUCCAAUGACCAGAUACGCCGAGGAUCUCGGCCUGCUUAUGAGAGUGAUGACAUUGAAAUGCAAUCGCGACCUGCGUCUAGAUGUGCCGGUGGACUUGCGGCAGAUAAAGGUCUACUAUCGGCAAGAUUUGGACAGGUCGUGCGGCAUACUGCCGAUGUCGCCGGAAAUUGAGAAAUGUAUUCUCAAAGCCGCCAAUCAUUUCGCGCGCUAUGACAUUCGCGCGGAGAAGCUACCGAUAGAAUGGCCAGUGACGCUGAUUGAAAUUGUGCUAUCGGGAUUAUUAAAGAUAAAGAAUCCUCCUCAAUUGCUGAUAAACACGAACAAUCCCAAGAACCGGAAAAAUUCAAUGGUCGAAUUCUUAAAAUCUUUAUUCGGUUUGUCGCAACACACGAAAAUGGCGAUUUUCUUCAAUACACUGAUGGAGACGCACUUACUAUUCACGGAGUCAGAUAAAUCGCAUUAUACAAAGCAGGGAGAGGAGCUUUGGCAGAAGCUGCAGGAUCUGCUAAAGGACAACGGAGUAUUUAUUUAUCCGACUUUCCGAAACCCAGUUUUGUCGCAGCUUAUGUUUUGCGAACUAUUGUCUGUUUCAAGCUGCGGUUUCUGCAAUUUCGCCGGUUUUCCCGCGACGCACGUACCGAUGGGACUUAAUCACGAGGGGAUGCCCAUUGGCAUUCAGGUCAUAGCCGCGCCGUAUCAAGACCGUCUCUGCCUGGCGGUGGCGAAAGAGCUGGAGAUAGCCUUCGGUGGUUGGGUGCCACCAGCAGUAACAAUAAGCAAUUAACAAAUUGUUCAAAGGCUUUUAAUUAUGUAGAGAAAUUAAAUUAAGUUCGAGAAUUGUAUAAUGUUUGUUGCAAAGGUAAAUGACAAACAUUAAUGACGCAGUCUCUGCAAUCUCUUUUACAAUAUUUCCGCAUUAAUCUGGAAACAUGAUGUCACCAAAUAAAAUAUAUAUAAACUC